CCAAAUCUAAAUCCCUAAUUUUCUCCAGUUUUGCAUCUCUCUCAGUCUCACUUUCUUACUUUGAUCGUUACCCGACUACCGUGUUGCCUCGUUCGUCUUCACUCUUCAAUUACCCUCACCAGUUUUCUCGACAUCGUGCCAAAUUAAAAACUUCAACUACUAUGACCCCUGAAUUAUUUAUGGAAUGGAAGAAGAAGAAGAUAGCAGAAAGAGAUGAAGGUUUGGCUGCACAGAGAGCAGAAAGGGCUAAGAAUGACCGUAUGAGCGGUCGUGAACUAUUUCUGUCAGAUGCUAGUUUAUUUGUGGAUGAUGCUGAGGCAUAUGAGAAAUACCAAAGGGAGGAAGAAUCAGAUGCUCCUGAAAAUAAGGCCAAUAAUUCAGCUGCUGCUGCUGGACCAAAUGCUUCAGCAACAACUGCUGUUGAUGCCGAAGCUCUUCCCGAUGAUGAUGAUGAUGACGAUGAACUAGACAUGGAUGAAUUAGAUGAACUUGAAGCAAGCUUAGCAAAAACGUCAAUUCAAAUUUAGGAGCUUUCUCAACCAUAAUUUUGAGAUGCAGUCUUCAGUCCACAUGCGUUUUUAAAGUGUCCUACACAUUUCUUCCCAUCGUGAUUUCCCUUAAGACCACUGAGCUUGGUGUUAUCCUGGUAGAGCUGCAGCCAUGGCUAUUAUUUUGUGUUGAAGUUUAGCUAUAAGCCUAAUGCUGCGCCAUCAUGUUGUGAAAUUGGCAGUUGUAUCUCGUUUUUGAUCC